AUGGUGCUCUUUGCAAGAAAAAUGAGAAGACUACUGAGAUACAAAAACAAAGGCAAAGGAAGCUCUUCAUCCAAAGAUGUCAAGAAAGAUCAAGUCAAGUUCACAUGCCAUCACUGCAAGGAGCCUGGUCACUUCAAGUCAGAUUGCCCUCAACUCAAGAAAGGCGAAAAAUUCAAGAAAGACAAGAAGAAGGUGAUGAUGGCAACAUGGGAGGACUUGGAGAAUGACACCAGCUCAGAAAGCUCAGAUCAAGAAGCUCAACUAUGCCUGAUGGCAGAUCAUGAUGAUGAAGAUGAGGUAGAUCUCUCUGACUUAUCUAUUGAUGAACUGCGCUACAUUAUCAAAGACAUUUCUGUGAACUCUAAGAAACUCUUGGAUAAGUAUGCUAAAUGUAAGAAAGAAAAUGAAGCCUUGAGGACAGAAAAUGACCUUCUUUUGAAAAAGAUCAUGCAAGAAAGAAAAUGA